AUGCAAGAGCGGUUCUCUUCCAGGGCAGCAACCCACCUAGCUGUCCUCUCGUCUACAGCAAUCUCGAAUCAUGCUCGCCUUAUUUCGCAACCCGACGACGACGCACUGAAGGUCCCUUUAUCUCCUCUUCUCCUCCCGAAUCUACCGGUUCACAACACCCAAAACAAUUCUAAUGGGGGCAACUGCUUCAAGUUGAAGCACCAACUUAGAUCAUCUAUCAAGCUUCCCAAAGCUUCGGGCAUGCCCUUACCUGCCAACAAGCUUAUCCAAGUCCCAAAGAGUGUUCAUUUUCCCACCGAGAAAAGUCGACUCGAGCACGUCGUGUUCUUCUUCCGGGAGCAGACACCUAUUACCAUGAAGGAUGAAGAGAAAGACAUAAGCGAAAAGAAGACAUCCCCUUUGGAAAGUUUUUCCCGUUUCCAGUCGUCUCAAUGCGUCAACAGUACACCUGCCCCACUAUUGGUCCAACUUAACCGGCUGCAAACCUCCGCAAUUCCUAACGCCUCAUUCUUACGAAUACAAGACGAAACUCAGCGACAACCAGUCAUGCUCGAGUCGUUUUAUCUAUCAGAGUCUAGUCCUCUCGUUAUUUGUGGCACGGUCAUAGUGCGCAACAUUGCCUUUCAUAAGAACGUCACCAUCCGAUGCACCGUUAAUGACUGGCAGACAUUCAUGGAUGUGUCGUCCCACCAUAUGAGUCAUCUGGACAGUCUUCCUUAUCCUACACCGCACCGUCCUCCGUCUGUAUCACCCGACACGCGUAGAUGGGACAGAUUCAGAUUCAAGAUUAGAAUAGAGGAUGUGAAGUGGAGCUUCGAGGAGGUUACGAUGUAUUUGGCUGUGCGGUUCGCAUGCUCCGGUCAAGAGUGGUGGGAUAACAACGGUGGAUCAAACUACCGGGUUGCUUUCCUAACCGCUCCUUGCAUCGAAACCGGAACGCGUGCCUCUACUGACACUUAUUCUUCCUCAAUAUUCAGCACUAUGACGGACUUCAAGCCUGCACCUCCUUUCAGUACUGUUUUUAAACCUCUACAGAAGACCUUUUCACCACCGUGCUCAGACCGCAAUGGCUGCCGUUGUUGGGCCGUUAGAAGGCCCCCAACCUUUGUCUUGGUAGCCAACGCAUCCGACAUAAUGAGCGAUCGAGAAAGGAGGCAAGGUAGUGGGGCAGAAUUGCAAGAAAGAAAAAGCCCCGCAAAUUCCGGGCGGAAGUCCCCACUUGAUGCUCUCAGCGUCACCACGAACAAGAAGGAACUGUCUUCCAAACCAGCUUUUACUGCUGUUGGGGCCAAGCAGCUGCACGUAGACCUUGGCUCCCUGAAGCAAGGCUUGACUCUAUCAUACACGAUUCCACUGCGGCUCCCAACCGUUCCAAACAUCGGACCUCCCUGUGAUAGGAAUGAGAGGAGGUACCGAGAAUUCCUGGAACGCUACUGCUUCUUCAAUGGACAGGACUAA